AUCUCCCCCGAAAAGAUGACAGCAUUUUGGAUGAAAACUGGAAAGGUGUUUAUGAAAAGUCUUGCAACAGGUUUGUCAGUUAAGGUGCCCAAAGAAAUGGGGAGCAACAACGCUGAGAAGUUUUACAGGAUCCCUGAAGGAAAAGGACCGCACUCGGUUGGAUGUACAGACCUGAUGACGGAAAAUGCAGCUGAGGGAAGUUUCUUACGCCUGUAUUAUCCAUCAUGCGAUGCCACAGAAAAUGAAGAGGCACCAUGGAUUCCAGAUAAAGAGUAUUACCACGGACUUUCCGAYUUCCUCAACAUGUACCGAAUUGUGGGAGAAAGGCUUUUCCAGUACUAUGUUGGUUCAGUGACCUGUCCUGCAAAAUCAAAYGCUGCUUUCAAGUCUGGAGAAAAAUACCCACUGCUUGUUUUUUCCCAUGGACUUGGAGCUUUUCGGACCAUCUAUUCUGCUAUUUGCAUUGAGAUGGCUUCGCAAGGCUUCAUAGUUGCUGCUGUGGAGCACAGAGAUGAAUCAGCUUCAGCAACAUAUUACUGUAAAAGGAGGUCUGAGUCACAGGAAAACUCUACAUCAAACAUGGAGAAGGAGUGGAUCUACUACAGGAAGCUGAAGUCUGGAGAGGAAGAACGUUCUUUGCGCCACAAGCAGGUGCAACAGAGAGCACAGGAGUGUAUCAAAGCCCUCAAUGUAAUUCUUGAAAUUAAUUCAGGAGAGGAAGUAACCAAUGUUCUUAAUUCAAGUUUUAACUGGAACCUCCUGAAGGAUUCUGUUGAUACUAGCAGGAUAGCUGUGAUGGGACACUCUUUUGGUGGUGCUACAGUUAUAGAGAGUCUCAGCAAAGAAAUUAGAUUCAGGUGUGGCAUUGCUCUGGAUGCGUGGAUGCUUCCCGUAGGUGAUGAUAUUUACCAAAAUAGUGUUCAACAACCCCUGCUUUUUAUCAACUCUGAAAAAUUCCAGUGGGCUGAUAACAUCUUGAAGAUGAAGAAGAUUGGUUCCAGUGAUACAAACAAGAAAAUGAUCACUAUCAAAGGGUCAGUACAUCAGAGCUUUCCUGACUUUACCUUUGUGAGUGGAGAACUCAUUGGAAGAUUUUUUAAACUAAAAGGAGAAAUAGAUCCAAAUGAAGCUAUUGAUAUUAGCAAUCAGGCUUCAUUAGCCUUCCUGCAAAAACACUUGGGUCUGAAUAGAGACUUCAGUAAGUGGGAUUCUCUCGUGGACGGCAUAGGAGCCAAUGUUAUUCCUGGCACCAACAUUGAUUUGUCUACAGCUCAAUCUAAAUAACUAAUACAAAGACAUUUGUAAAUGCUAUGAACAUGACAACACUAAUACUGGCCAGAUAUUACUGAGAUACAGGAUAGYGGUGGUCAGCUACACAGCU